AUGACACGAAAGAGCAAGCAAUCACCUUUUAUUCCUGUUGAUCUUGAAUUGGACAGAACUUUAAGGAUAGUUAGGAGGCAACUACGAGGUGUUUCUCAUCCUCAAAUUAUUUACACCGAUUCAGAAUCAGAAGAAGACAUCAUGGCAGAUGAUGGUCCUCCACGACCGCCUCCUCCGAAGCCACGCCUACUCCGAGAUUAUGGGCAUCCGGAAAGUUUUGAGCUUCGUAGUGGAAUUUUGCUACCCACUACGACGGUCAAUAACUUUGAAUUGUCACCCUCAUUAAUCCGGAUGAUAAAGCUUGAUCAAUUUGGAGGGGCACCAACCGAAUGUCCUUUUACACAUUUGGACAACUUCUAUGAGCUUUGUGCUACUAUUAAGCAAAAUGGUGUUACCGAUGAGUUUGUCAAGAUGCAUAUGUUCCAUUUUUCUCUUCGUGAUAAGGCAAAGCAUUGGUUGAGAACGGUUCCGGAAGGUUCUUUGACUACUUGGAAUGAGGUCACAAAGGCUUUUCUUGAUAAAUAUUGUCCACCCGAGAAGGCCGCCGAAUUGAGGCGGAAGAUCACAAAUUUCACUCAAGAAGAGGAUGAGACUUUGAGUGAGGCAUGGGAGCGAUUCAAGGAGUAUGUUAGAUCAUGCCCUCACCAUGGUUUCAACCAAUGGCUUGUUGUUCAAAGCUUCUAUGAUGGCCUACAUCCUACAUCGAGAUCUCACCUAGAUGCAGGUGCCGGUGGUCAAAUUAAGAAGCUUCCGGUGGAGAAGAUGAUUGAGGAAAUAGCAAAACUCCAUGCAUGGGGUAGUGAUAGAAGAGCUACUCCGAAGAAAAGUGUUGGUGGGAAGCAUGAGGUUGACACCAUUGAUUUCUUGAACUCAAAAUUUGACAUGCUAGCAAAGAGGCUUGAAAAAUCUAACAUGGGUUCUACAUGUGCUCCGGUCCAAGUAAUGUCUUGUGAGAUUUGUGGAGGUGUUGAUCAUCUCUCUUCUUAUUGUAACUCCACCAUGGAGCAAGCGGCGGCCAUAAAUCCAAGAUUUGAUCCUUAUUCUCAAACAUACAAUUCGGGGUGGAGACACCACCCAAAUUUCUCAUACAAGUACAAUCAAGGGAUUCAACCACCUCCUCCUCCUCAACAACAACAAGCUCCUCAACGCCCAACACCCAUUCCACCAUAUAGGCCACCGGGUUUCAAUCAAGGUGCUUACAACCAAGGUGGGUACAAUCAAGGAGCUUCAUCUCAACCUAAGCCUCAAUUCAAUCAAGCUCCUCCUCAAAAGUCAAAUCUUGAGUCCAUCAUGGAGACUUUCAUUGCUCAUCAAACCAAGACAAAUGUGGAUAUCGACAAGCGCCUAAGUGAGGUAACUUCUUCGGUCCAACAACUCCAAGCCCACAACAAGAUCAUAUAG